GGGAGAGCGAGAGAGAGAGAGAGAGAGAGAGGGAGGGAGGGAGAGCGAGAGAGAGAGACUAACUCUUCACUAAAGGUGUUCAGCAGGAGGAACAGCAGUGAUGGGAGUCAGAGACAGGCUGCACUUCUGGGGACUGGCUCUCCUCAUCCUGCCUGGUGUCCUUGGUGAUAACUGGGGUGUGUGGACCCCAAAGACACCAAUCUGCACAGUGAGAGGGUCCACUGUGGUCAUCCCCUGUAACUAUUCAUAUCCCAAUAAAAGCAUGAAAGUGGAGAAUGUGAUAUGGUGUAAACCCGAGAAGUGUUCUGAUUACCACGUUGAUAACGGAAGUGCAAAUGACGUCACAUCACAGUUUAAAGGCAGAGCAAUGUACCUGGGGGAUAAAAAGAACAACUGCACCUUAAAGAUUAAGGACUUGAGAUACGAGGACUCUGGGAGUUACUGGUUCAGAUUUGAAUCUCAGGAUAAAAAUAAAUGGACUGGUGUUCCAGAAGUGAAAAUUGAAGUCACUGGGUUAAGAGUGAAUAUUACAUCAUCAAGAGGAAAUAAACCAAUAAUGGAGGGAGAUAAUGUGACUCUGACAUGUGCCGCAAACAACUCUUGCAAUCUGAACCAAUCAGAUUUUACCUUGUUGAAAAACAAGCAGCUAACCCAAGGAUUGCCCUCUCCACAUACAUUCAAAUCUAUUUCCAACCAAAGCUCUGGAAACUACUCCUGUGCUCUGAAGGACAACAGAACAAUCUCGUUUGAAGAAAUCAUUUUGGAUGUUCAGUAUCCCCCUCGAGAAACCUCAGUGUCAGUCAGUCCUAGGGAAGCAGAGGAGGGCAGUUCAGUGACACUGACCUGCAGCAGCGAUGCCAACCCACGAGUGCAGGACUACACCUGGUUUAAGAAUAAUAUAACUGUUCCCUCGGAGAAUGCUAUGACUUAUACCAUCAGUAAUAUCUGCUCGAGGGACAGUGGACAGUAUCACUGUAUGGUCAGGAACGAGCACGGAGCUCACAACUCGACUGCAGUGUCCCUGUCUCCAGCAGUCAAGCCCAGUUCUCAGUUUCUAAUCGCUCUGGCAGUGGGGAUUGUAUUGACUGUCCUGGCUGUUGCUUUGGCAACCAUCAUUUAUUUCAAGAGGAGGAAAGCUGAGGGCCAAACAGAAGACCCUGGCAGCGCCAAGGGGGUUCAGGCCGCUGAUAAUGCCCGCACCAGAGAGCUCCGACCGCCAGGGCCCCCGAGCCCAGCUCUCUCAUCUCAGGAAGGAGAAGACGGCUACGCCUCCGUUCACUUCACAAAGAAGCAACCGAAGAGCAGGAGGAACGCAGAGGGCCAAACAGAAGACCCUGGCUGCGCCAAGGGGGUUCAGGUGAGAUACACGGUUUUUGGGGUUCUCGACCUGACUUAUUGGGGUUCUAUUGGGGUGCUGUGCAAGGAAGGCCGCAUGGUGCAAGUCGGAACCCACAAAGAUAAGUGUCACAACAAGCGAAGAUGAGGGGUAAAAAAUGUUUUCCUCCUUUUCAUUGGAGCUAAAUGCUUAAGUGGUUAAGUGCGCUGUGGAAAAUCAGCCAAAAAAGAAGCAGAGGGGAAGGGAGGGCCCUUAAAUAGCACUUUUAUGAGCAGGUAUAUGAUACAACAUACAGGUAUAGCAUUGUUCUGCACUGUUGUCUGAUGGGACCCUUGGUAAAAAUGUGCAGUUCUGCUUGCACAGGUUAAGAGCCAUGCUCAUAUUUGCUCUAAAAUACUUUGUUGUCCACAUUUUUAUUUAUUUUAUUUUUUUGCGCAUUUGAACAGCAUUUCAGAAAAACAUUCUCAGAUUUGAAUGGUGCUUCAACCGUUUCAUUUUUACGACUGCAUUUUCGAACCUGGGUUUUCUCCCCCAAUCCGCUGCUGGCGUGAAGUGCGUCUUUCUCCCCCCUCCAUGUUCUCCACGUGUAGGCCGCUGAUAAUGCCCGCACCAGAGAGCUCCGACCGCCAGGGCCCCCGAGCCUGGCUCUCUCGUCUCAGGAAGAGGAAGUCUGCUACGCCGCC